GACUUCUUCCGGUUUCCGCUGUCAACAUUCGGGCACGGGCAGUCAGUCACACACACAGUCAAUCAGCACCGCUGCGGAGCUACGACGAUGUCGGAGCAGGAGUCUCUGAGGUGCUCCAGCGGGAGAAACCGUGGUGGCGUACAGAGAGUUGAAGGCAAACUGCGGGCCAGCGUAGAAAAAGGGGAUUACUAUGAAGCACACCAGAUGUAUAGGACGUUAUUUUUUAGGUACAUGUCACAGGCAAAACACAAUGAAGCCAGAGAGCUGAUGUUCAAUGGUGCCCUACUCUUCUUCAGCUACAACCAGCAAAACAGCGCAGCAGAUCUUUCCAUGCUAGUACUUGAGGUGCUGGAAAAGUCCGACAGCAAAGUGGAAGAAGAUAUAUUAGAAAGUCUGGCCAAGCUGUUCAGCCACAUGGAUCAGAACUCUCCGGAAAGAGUAGCGUUCGUGUCUAGAGCCUUGAAAUGGUCCACGGGGGGCUCCGGAAAGUUGGGGAAUCCAAAGUUGCACCAGUUGCUGGCUGUCACCUUGUGGAAAGAGCAAAACUAUAGUGAAUCUCGUUACCACUUCCUGCAUUCGUCCGACGGGGAGGGCUGCGCACAAAUGCUGGUGGAGUAUUCGUCCUCCCGAGGUUUCCGGAGCGAGGUGGACAUGUUUGUGGCCCAGGCAGUCCUACAGUUCCUCUGCCUAAAGAACAAAAACAGCGCUUCCGUCGUGUUUAGCACGUACACAGAAAAACACCCGUCCAUAGAGAGGGGUCCACCAUUUGUUCAGCCCCUCCUUAACUUUAUCUGGUUUCUGCUGCUGGCAGUGGAUGGGGGUAAAUUAACAGUUUUCACAGUGUUAUGUGAGCAAUAUCAACCUUCACUGAAGAGGGACCCCAUGUAUAACGAGUACCUCGACAGAAUAGGACAGCUUUUCUUCGGCGUUCCCCCCAAACAAUCCCCGUCGUACGGCGGCCUACUAGGAAAUUUGCUCAACAGCCUGAUGGGAGCGGGCGAGGACGACGACGGCGUGGAGGAAGCCCAGGAGGACAGCAGCCCCAUCGAGCUGGAUUGAGCCAACUGUUUCAGAGGCCAAGAGCGAGAGAACAUAUGCUCACGCAUAAAACACAUACACACAAAGGGGAAAAGCGGGCUAACUUUACUAUUUAGGGGGGCAGCAAGUUCCAGAUCCAGUUGUAACUCGGAUUGCACUGAACUGCAGUCAAAUAUUUUAUUUAAUCAUUACCUUUAUGUUUGGACUGUGUUCAGAGAGUAUUGGGUUUGAAUUGAUGCACUUGUUGACAGCAUUGUAGACACAACGUGUUUUUUUUUUUUUUUUUUUUUUUUUUUUUUUAAAUACAGUCUCCAUGAGGUCUCAUGUUUUCUGGUUUUAAACACCCAACCUUAAUUCAAAUGUCUUGGUCGUCAUUUAAAUUUGCCCAUUUGUGGCAAAACCACUUCCCAGUUUCUAAUCUAUUUUCUUGCCUGGCUGCUGGUUUACAUGACUUUUUGUGUGGUUUCAAACAUGCCGUUUAUAUGGUACGGAAGCGUAUUGCUGCCACCCCCCAAUGUUUAGUUUUUACAUGUUUUUACGAGACAAUUACGCCGUUUUUUUUUUAUUUUUUUUUUUAUUUUUUUUUUUAUAUUAACACGUUUUUACAUGACAAGGAACCCCUCUUUAAUAUGAUAGUAUGUUUUAAGAUAUCACAUUUUUACAUGACUGUCAUAAAAAUGAUAACUGUCGUGUAAAAACAUCUUUAUCAUGUUUUUAAUGACAUUUUUACAUGAUAAUUAUCACAUUUUUACAUAGUACAAGUUUUUAAUAUGAUAGUUAUCACGUUUACAUAUCACUGUGUCCGUUCACAUGAUAGUAACACUUUUUUACUUUUUCCUGACAGUUAUCACAUUUUUAUCUGGGUCUUUGAAAAAGACCCAGAUAGUGUUAUGCAGCCCUAACCGCUUGACCGAUUGGCAUUGUUCAAGUAUCGACGCGUCUGGAUUUUUUGCGGGACGCAGGGAAUUUUUCAAACGGCUCCGAAAAAUUUUCCGUUGCGCUGCAAACGGCAACCCCCCCCCCCCAAAAAAAAUUUUUUCAAAAUCUAUCUAGUCCUACAAUUUUUGACCAAAUUACAUAAUUUAGGUAUCAAAAAUUCUGGGACGGUGAGGGGCAUAAAAAGUUGUAUACAGAAUUUGGAAAAAAAAAAUUAUGGUUCUCCAGAAAUGUAACAAACACUUGCCCAUUCAUUUUUAAUGAGAAAAAAAAGUUUCAAAAUGUAUCUAUUCUCACAAUUUUUGACCAAAUCACACAAUUUGGGCAUAAAAAAAUCCAGGACGGUGAGGGGCAUAGAAGUUAUACACAGAAUUUGGGAAAAAUUUACGGCUCCCCAGAAAUUUGCCAAAAACUUGCCCAUUCAUUUUUAAUGGGGAAUAAAAAGUUUCAAAAUGUAUCUAGUUUUACAUGAUACUAUGUAAAAAAACAUAACUCAUGUAAAACCAUACUAUCAUGUAAAAACGUGAUACUAUAAUGUAAACUGUGAUCAUUAGGUAAAAAUGUGAUUAUUUUCAGAUGUGAUCAUUAUUAUAUGGGCCAGAUAGUGUAAAAAUGAACGGACACAGUGAUAUGUAAAUGUGCUAACAUUAAAACCUUAUGAUGUAAAAACGUGAUACUUGUCAUGUGAAAAUGUGAUAAUUGUCAUGAAAAAUGGGAUCGUCGUCACAUAAAAACUGGAUAAUUGUUGGGGGGAAGUAUGUUUUCACAUGACAUCAUUAGCAUGUUUUAAUAUGAUAGUUUACAUAUAACUGUUGACGUUUUUGCAUGAUAAUACCACGCUUUUACAUAGUUAUCACAUUUUUUACAUAUCACAUUUUUACAUGAUAGGUUUUUCUGUGACAGUUAUCACAUUUUAAAUAGUAUGUAAAAAUAGUGUUUGUAGAUGACAAUUAUAACUAUCAUUUAAAAAAUGGAAUAUGUAAAAAACGUUAAAACGUGAUACUAUUAUGUAAAAUGUGAUCACUGUAAAAAUGCUAUCAUGUAAAAACGUGAUAUGGAAACGUGAUGUAUUAAAACCUUAUACUAUCAUGUAAAAAUGUGAUAAUUAUGAAAAAACAGGAUAAUUGUCACAUGUAAAAACAAACAUUGGGGAUGUCGCGUAAAAACAUUGUUUUUACAUGAUAAUUAUCACAUUUUUACAUGAUACGAAUCACCUUUACAUAUCACUUUGUCAAUGUUUUUACAUGAUUACCAUAUUUUACAUAGUUAUUUUUACAUGUCACAUUUUCGUAUGACAGUUAUUACAUUUUACAUGUUGGUAUCUUGUAAAAAUAUGAAACGCUCAUUUAAAAAAUAUGUAAAAAUAUGAUACUAUCAUGCAAAAUGUGAUCACUUUGUAAAAAAAAAUGAAAACACGUAAAAACAUACUAUCAUUAGUAUCAUUUUUUUACAUAAUUAUGUUUUACAUGAUUGUCACGUUUUUACAUAGUUCUCAUUUUUACAUGUCACAUUUUCACAGUGCUGGCCAAAAGUAUUAGCACCCCUGCAAUUAGGUCAAUGCUGAAUUUCUCCCAGAAAAUGAUUGCAAUUACAAAUGCUCUGGUUGUAAUAUCUUCAUUUAUUUUGCUUGCAAUAAACACAAAAGACAGGAAAAAAAAAAAUCAUUUCACACAAAACUGGGCUGGACAAAAGUAUUGGCACCCUCAGCCUAAUACUUUGUAGCACAACCUUUAGACCAGGGUUCACUAAAUCCGGACCUCGGUGCCACUUGUCCUGUCGUGUUUUCCAUGUCUGUCUCCUCCAACACACCUGAAUCAAAAUAAUCAGGAUCAUUAUCAGGCUUCUGCUUAGGCUGCUGAUGAUAUAAUCAUUUGAUCCAGGUGUGUUAGGGGAGAGAGACGUGGAAAACACGACAGGAAGAGUGGCACCGAGGUCCGAAUUUAGUGAACACGCUCUAGACAAUAUAACUGCGAACAACUGCUGCCGGUAUCCAUCAAUGAGUUUCUGUUAGGUCUAAACUUAAUACUUGAACUAAGAAAAAAACCUAGGAAAGGACGGAGGAAAGAUCAGACUUGAGACGUAGAUAAAUUUUCACUGGCGGCCACCAGGGAGAGGGUCGAAAGCGCAGCACGCUUGCUCACAGUGAGCCUCUCUCAGCCCCCUCCCUGGGGUUGCGUCUUUUAUUGACAAGUGGGAGAGCAUUCAUUGCACAUGCGUAAGUUUCGUUUAGCUGUUAUGGUAUCGUUUACUGAGAACAGAAACCAGAAUGAAGCAUUAUGGUGACGUUUACUGAAAACAGAAACCUUACUCUUUUCAUUGUGUAAGCACUAAAGCACAAGCGAAUAGUCUGUUACAUGAGAAAACAUAAUCAUAACACCUAGUUUUAAACACACAUAAUUGGUUUAAUUAUUGUAAAUACUGUUAGUGUGCAAAAGCAUUGAAGCACAUCUUACAGUUUCUUACAAUGCGCUGCUGGAAUUUUAGACCAUUUUUCUUUGGCAAACUGCUCCAGGUCUCUGAGAAUUAAAGGGUGCCUUCUCCAAACUGCCAUUUUCACAUCUCUCCACAGGUGUUCUAUGGGAUUCAGAUCUGGACUCAUUGCUGGCCACUUUAAAAGUCUCCAGUGCUUUUUCUCAAACCAUUUUCUAGUGCUUUUUGAAGUGUGUUUUGAGUCAUUGUCCUGCUGGAAGACCCAUGACCUCUGAGGGAGACCCAGCUUUCUCACACUGGGCGCUACAUUAUGCUGCAAAAUUUGUUGGUAGUCUUCAGACGUCAUGAUGCCAUGCACACGGUCAAGCAGUCCAGUGCCAGAGGUAGCAGAGCAACCCCAAAACAUCAGGCAACCUCUGCCACGUUGGACUGUGGGGACCAUGUUCUUUUCUUUGAAGGCCUUGUUUUUUUCCGUGUAAAUUGUAUGUUGAUGCCUUUUCCCAAAAAGCUCUACUUUUGUCUCAUCUGACCUGAGAACAUUCUUCCAAAACACUUUGGCUUUCUCAGGUAAGUUUUAGCAAAGUCCAACCUGGCUUUUUUAUGACUCUGGGUCAGAAGUGGGGUCUUCCCGGGUAUCCUACGAUGGAGUCCCUUUUCAUUCAGACGCCGAUGGAUAGUACGGGUUGACACUGUUAGACCCCUGGAUCACUAGACAGCUUGAACUUGUUAAGAUGUUAGUCGAGGUUCUUUAGCCACCAUCCGCACAAUCUUUUAAUUGAAAUAUCUCAAUUUUUCUUUUCUGUUCACAUCUAGGAAGGUUAGCCACAGUGCCAUGGGCUUUACACUUAUUGAUGACACUGCGCACGGUAGACGCAGGAACAUUCAGGCCUUUGUAGAUGGACUUGUAGCCUUGACACUGCCCAUGCUUCCCCACAAUUUUGCUUCUCAAGACCUCAGACAGUUCUUUGGUCUUCUUUCUUUUCUCCAUGUUCAACUUGGUACACACAAGGAUAGAGGUUGAGUCAACUUUAAUCCAUUUUAACUGGCUGCAAGUGUGAUUUAGUUAUUGCCACCACCUGUUAUGUGCCACAGGUAAAUAACAAGUGCUGUUAAUUACACAAAUUACAGAAGCAUAACCAUUUUUUCAAUGGAUGCCAAGACUUUUCUCCGGCCUAUUUUUGGGAGUUAUGUGUAAAAUGAUAAUGAUUUUUUAAAAAAUUCUAAUCCUCUGUGUUUUUCCUUUGCAAAAAAAAAAAAAAAAUGAAUAUAUUACUACCAUAGUAUUUGUAAUUGCAAUCAUUUUCUGGGAGAAAUUGAGCAUUAUCUGACAGAAUUGAAGGGGUGCGAAUACUUUCGGCCAGCAGUGUACAUGAUAGUCUCAUGUGGAAGAAAUCAUAAGUAUCACGUUAAAACAUACCGUCAUUUAAAUAAAUGUAAUACUAUGUAAAAAGAUGAUAUAUAAAAACAUGUAAACAUACUAUAUCAUUAAAUGUGAUCAUUAUGUAAAAAUGUGAUCAUGAUGUAACACAUGUUAACGUGAUAACGAUCAUGUUAAAUUGUGAUACUAUCAUGGAAAAACUAUGGAAAAGUGUAAUGAUUGUCAUGUAAAAUGUGAUACUUGAUUUAAAAAAAAAUUUUUUUUUUUUGGGUGGCAGCAUUACGCUUCUGUAAUUUGGCCAUUAGCAAUCUGCGCUUCGCUCUUUGUUUGGGUGACUAGGGAAACUGAAUUCCUCUUGGAGACAAAUCACCUAAGUUUAACCGAAUACUCUAAAUUGUCCAUUGAUUUGAAGUGUGUGCGUGUGAAUGGUUAUCUAUACGUGCCAUGUGAUUAGCUGGUAUACCCCACCUACAGUUGUGGUCAAAAGUUUACAUACACUUGUGAAGAACAUAAUGUCAUGGCUGUCUUGAGUUUCCAGUUAUUUCUACAACUCUGAUUUUUCUCUGAUAGUGUGAUUGGAACAGAUACUUCUUUGUCACAAAAAACAUUCAUGAAGUUUGGUUCUUUUAUGACUUUAUUAUGGGUGAACAGAAAAAAGUGAUCAAAUCUGCUGGGUCAAAAAUAUACAUACAGCAGCGCUAAUAUUUGGUUACAUGUCCAUUAGCCAUUUUCACUUCAAUUAGGCGCUUUUGGUAGCCAUCCACAAGCUUCUGGUUGAAUCUUUGACCACUCCUCUUGACAGAAUUGGUGCAGUUCAGUUAAAUUUGAUGGCUUUCUGACAUGGACUUGUUUCUUCAGCAUUGUCCACAAGUUCUCAAUGGGGUUUAAGUCAGGACUUUGGCCAUUCGAAAACUAUAAAUCUAGCCUGAUUUAGCCAUUCCAUUACCACUUUUGAUGUGUGUUUGGGGUCAUUGUCCUGUUGGAACACCCAACUGCGCCCAAGACCCAAUCUUCGGGCUGAUGACUUUAGGUUAUCUUGAAGAAUUUGAAGGUAAUCCUCCUUCUUCAUUAUCCCAUUUACUCUCUGUAAAGCACCAGUUCCAUUGGCAGCAAAACAGCCCCACAGCAUAAUACUACCACCACCGUGCUUGACGGUAGGCAUGGUGUACUUGGGGUUAAAGGCCUCACCUUUUCUCCUCCAAACAUAUUGCUGGGCAUUGUGGCCAAACAGCUCGAUUUUUGUUUCGUCUGACCACAGAACUUUCCUCCAGAAGGUCUUAUCUUUGUCCAUGUGAUCAGCAGCAAACUUCAGUCGAGCCUUAAGGUGCCGCUUUUGGAGCAAGGGCUUCCUUCUUGCACGGCAGCCUCUCAGUCCACAGAGAUGCAAAACACGCUUGACUGUGGACACUGACACCUGUGUUCCAGCAACUUCUAAUUCUUGGCAGAUCUGCUUUUUGGUGAUUCUCGGUUGAAUCUUCACCCUCCUGACCAAUUUUCUCUCAGCGGCAGGUGAUAGCUUGCGUUUUCUUCCUGAUCGUGGCAGUGACAAAACAGUGCCAUGCACUUUAUACUUACAAAAAAUUGUUUGCACUGUUGCUCUUGGGACCUGCAGCUGCUUUGAAAUGGCUCCAAGUGACUUUCCUGACUUGUUCAAGUCAAUGAUUCGCUUUUUCAGAUCCAUGCUGAGCUCCUUUGACUUUCCCAUUGUAGCGUUUGUGGGCGUUUGCAUCCAAUGAGCCCUAUUUAAAUGGCCUCAGAGAAGUCAAAAUUGCUCAUUCGUGUUGCUGUAUGUAUAUUUUUGACCCAGCAGAUUUGAUCACUUUUUCUGUUAACCCAUAAUAAAGUCAUAAAAGAACCAAACUACAUGAAUGUUUUUUGUGACAAAGAAGUAUCUGUUUCGAUCACUCUAUCGGAGAAAAAUCAAGAGUUGUAGUAAUAACUGGAAACUCAAGAGAGUCAUGACAUUAU